AUGAUCAAUCCAGCCAUGUAGAAAAUUCAUGUUUAAUAUUGGUUUGAAAAAUAGGAUUACUGUUUUGUCUUCUAAAAAUAGCCAAAUUAGCAUUUUAAAGUAAAAAUAAAGUUAUUUGGUUCGUAUUUACUUGAUGAAAUUUUUUUUGUCAACUAAAAUAUAAAUAAAAAUCAAAUGAUGGACUGGCCAAUAUAUUUUUAAAAGCAAGAACUUGACUUUGAAAUAAAACAAGAAAAUUUACUCAACGAAAUUAAAAAAUAUUAACCAAUUAUCUAUGAAUAGCAUAGAGAAAUAUUUUAGUAAAUUAUCUAAGAAAAAAAGCAAAUAACAAUAUUUAAACCAACUAUUUUCAUGGAAGAUUAGAGUUAUUUUGCUUUUAGCGUAAGCGAAGGUGAUGAGAAAUAUUAAUUGGUUGUUGAAAAAUAUUAAAGUGAAUAAGAAGCUUAAUUAAACUAUGAAAAAAUUAACUAAUUAAUAAAUUUGUUGAGCAAUUUUUAAAUAGAAUCAGCUAUUAAGAAAUGUGUAUUAAUUCAUAACAAAUAAGGAAUUUACAUUGUUAAAUAAUAAAAUGAUAAAAUUUAUAAUUUAGAUUAUAAUAUUGUCCAUGAAUUGAUUAAAUCUACUUUCAUACCAAUUUUUACCUAAGAUGAUUAGUUGAAAGCUAUCUUUCUAUAAUAACAAAAUAGAUUUGAAUUUCAUUUAAAAUUAAUUAAGCAAUUGCUAAAUUAUUCUAAAGACCUAAUACAAAUCGGCAUUCCCCCUUAAAAUUUAAAGCUAACUGAAAUAACAUCGAUAAUAAUUGAGGAUAAUAAUUACGAGCCUUCUUAGUUUAAUGAUGAUCCUUAAUCUUACUAGAUAAUGUGUGAGCUCUAUUCAAAAUUAGUCCUUGAAUGCUUGAAUAAAAGUGAAAUUUGUCAGAGAAAUAUACAAUUUGAUUAACAUUUUAAUGGAAAAAAUUUUAACUAAAAAUAAAUUUAAUCUAAUAACUUAACUAAAUUAAUUGAAAAUUAUUAUUAGAAUUUGAAAAACAAUGAAACAGAAAGUAGUUAAUAAAUAUUAAAUAAAUUAAAUUAAUUCUUUGAUUUAGCGUUAAAAAUAAAAUAAAUGAAUGAUAAAUUGAAAACACAUACUUUUCUUCUAUCUGAAAAGAAUAUAGGCGAAUAUUGCUUAUUAAAUUCAUUUAAUUUGUUUAAAAUUAUGGAUGUGAUAUAAUUUUUGAAAGAAAAUUAAAAUAUUGAAUUUUGUUCACAAAUUUAAUUUAAUUUAAAGGAAUAAUUGUUUAAAUCUAUUUAGCCAAUUUUUUAAUAUCAAGGAAAUUAAAUUUCUGAGAAGAUAAGAUAACUUUUAAUCGAUAACCUUUUCCAUUUGCAUGAAAAUUGCUUUAGUUGUUAAAAAGUAGAACAUAUUAAAUAAAUAAUUUUCGAAUAAACAAAUGACAUCAACUUAUAAUAUAUAAAGUAACUACAAAAUAGAAGCCCUUUUUAAAUAGCUUUUUCAAAUAGCCUGGAUAGCUUCAGUUGCAUAGACAGAAAAGAUAAAUUUGUUUAAAUAAUUGAAAGAUACUUUGAUGAAAUUCUUUCAUAAGAAUUAGGAGAAAUAUUCAACGAUACAUGUUUUUGCUAUAAAGAUAUUAAAAUUCAAAAUUAUUUGACUAGAAAUUUACCAAACUUAAAGAAAAUAUAAUAUUCCAUCAGUUAAUAUAAUACUUAAAUAAGUGGUUGA